AUGGCUGCCGUGGUUUAUGUUAGCCGUCAUUUUAAAUCAUGCAUGUUAUAUUCUCAUCUUUGGAAGUCUUUUGUUUUAUUUGAAACGAAACAUAAAUAUAACUCAAGCGUAUGCAGACUGAGUUUUUACAGUGGACAGAGAUGGUAUACUCAGCGACAAUUAUCAACGACAAAAGUCGGUAUCUCAGAGUUAGAGAAUAUUACGUCACCUCGAAGAUUUGAUUACCCCGACAGAAAUCGCAGAAUCAUGAUCGUACUACAGAAGAAGAAAGGUGAGCAAGUGCGUCAGCUUCACGAGGAAGACUUGCUAAACUACUUCUCCAUGUACGGAGAAAUAAGCAACGUGAAAUGGGUACGAAGUAAAGAAGAAGAUCAAGAUACCGGCAAGGGAUUUGGGUUCGUGUCAUUCAGCAAUGUUCCGUCGUUCCAGGAAGCUGUUGCCUCAAAAUAUCAUACAAUAAAGGGCAGGCCCGUGCUUGUGUUCCCAGCAACGAAGAGGGCAGACUCGCAGCCUUCAAAGGUGGCUCCUCAAACAGCAGUGGUACCUGAUCAGCAGGCGUCAGCAUCCGGCAGGAUUGCCUCUGACACAGUUCUUAAACUUGAUCGGGUGGGGUCUGAAGGGACAUCUGAAAAAACUAGCUCCAAGCCCAUGGUAGUGCCUGAUUUUACUGAAUCAGCAUCAAUGAAGGUAGCACCAGAGUCAGCUGCCACAUUUGAUCAAAGGGUAUCUGCAGCAGUGCCUCAGAGGACAGCUUCUGAGUCAGGGGUGACCCCCAAAGAAACAAGGUAUUCUUCUAUUAACAUAGCUCAACAGGCAAUGCUAGGUCAGGAAGCUUCACAAGAAGGGGCUUUAAGCACAGCUCCUGGACCGGUGAAAUUUUUGCAAGAUCCAGAAUCUGGAAAAGUGAGACUUACAGGUAAAGCUUCACUGGCAAGUCCUGAAGACCAGAAACGAAAGAUUUUAGUGACACAGCGCAAAGGUUGCAAAGGUAAAAUGACAGUGAAAUCUGUACAUGAUUAUUUUUCAGUAUUUGGCAAAAUUGAACAAGUUCAAGAAAACAGUGACCUUGUCUAUGUCACAUUUGAAGGUGCCAAUAGUGUUGAACAUGUUAUGACGAUCACAAACCAUAGGAUUGAUGAUAUGAUGGUGCUAGUGUCUUUGGCAUAUUCCAAUAAACAGAGGAAACAGUUGCGGAUUGAGAAAGCGCUCGAUGAUGUUAAAAUGAAUCAAAAUCCUAGAGACGUCAAAAUUGCUGAACGAGAAGGACGAAAAAUUGUGAUCAUGACUCCUUCCAGGUUCAAAGAAUCCAUCAGCAAAGAAAUGUUGGAGAAGUAUUUUUCCUCAUAUGGAGAAAUUGAAGAGAUAUUUGUUUUGAAAUCCAAAGGUUAUGGCUUUGUAAUAUUUAAAGAGGCAUGUGAUGCUGAAAAGAUCUUGAAGAUUCGAAACCACAACAUUGGAAAUGUUGAGAUUUAUGUAAAAUUGUCACUGGCUUCACGACACAUUACUCAAAAUGAGCCAAAGAGGAUCAUUGUAACUAACAUUUCUGAAGAAACUUCAGAAAGGGAAAUCAGGAAACACUUUGGACAAUUUGGAAAAGUGGUAGAAGUUGUGUUUGCAAAUGCUCCAGAUGGUGGAAAAAGGCCAGAUUCUUGCAUAGUUGUCUUCGAUUCCAUUGAUGGUGGAGUUGAAUCUGUUGUUGAUGAAUCCCAUCAGAUCCCUACUCAAAAAGAUGCACUUGUUGUCAAACUUUCAGAAGACAAAGUGACACAUGUAGCUGAACUGCCAAAACUCUAUGUGAGUAAUGUUCCUGAGAGCAUGACACUAGAGAUGGUGCGAUCUUACUUUGAAAAGUUUGGAUUGAUACAGCACCUUGGUUUUACAAGUUACAAGUCUGAGGAAGCAAUAACUAACUUGAAUGGUAUUUCACUGGCAUUUUGUGACGAGUCAGUCCUUGAAAAGACUUUGCAGAAAACUUUUCAUAAAAUAAAUAGAUUUAAGGUGAAGGUUAUUAGAGCGCCCCUGAUGUUAUCUCCUUCUGACUGCCUUGGUUUAAGAAUUUUGCUGACAAGCUUACCAUCAGGUACUGAUGAACAUGUUGUUAAAGACUAUCUUCAUCAACACUCCUGCAGAGUGAAAACUGUGAAAUUAAUUUCACCAACAGUUUGUUUUGCUGAUUUGUGGAAUUUGCGAGACGUGGACAGGCUUGUGGAAGUGGCAUCCAAGCAACAGCAUGUCAUCGGUGGAAGUCCAGUUUCACUUCGUCGCUUCUACUGGGUCAAGAAACAGGAGGAAAGACUUUAAUUCAUUGGCUGAAAAGUGAGAGGGACUGAUGGAGACCUAACUUAGAGGUUAUUUUUCCCAUGUUAGUCAAUUAACCCUUUCACUCCCAUAAGUGACCAAGACAGAAUUUCUCCUAACAAUGUCAAUACAAUAUCAAGCAGGCAGGUGAUGAGAAUAGAGAAGAAUAUCAACUAUGAGAUUAUUAGUUGAUCCAAUACCAAAUUCUCUGAACUAACAUCAUAAGAAUUGUAUGGCAGAUAGUAAGGAGAAUUACCAAUUAGAUCUUGGUAGUGAAAGGGUCAAUCAUUAAUAUGACAUUUACAAACUUUUAGCCCUUUAACUCCCAGAAGUGAUAAACAUAAAACCUUUCCCUAAGAUAUCCAUACAUUAUUCAGCAAACAGGUAAUGAGAAUAUUCAAACUUAUCAGGUAGAAGCUGCUAUCUUGAUCUAGCACCAAGUUCUCAUAUCUAACUUAUAAGGAAAUUUGUAGCAGCUACAGGGGAGAAUUAACAAUCAGAUCUUGGGAGUUAAAGGGUUAACUUACAAAAUAAGAAUUUGUGAAAAUUAUUUUCAACCCCUAAACUCAGGAUAUGACUGUUCUCCUUUCUGGCCACCAAAAAAUUUCCUUGAAAAUUAGUUAAGAGAAAUUGGUGUACAAUACCCUAAGCUGUAACCCAACUUACUUGCCAUGGCAGGAAGAAAAGCAUUUGUGCAUCCACUUUAAUCAGAAAAUAUUACAAAAGGAUCUCAGUAUGAGGGCCAUAAAUUAUGGCAUAAGUACCAGUAGGUCUUGAAAAAGUCCUAUGGCUCUGCAAAUGGCCCUAUGAGAAGAAACAUGUUCAAAAGGAAGAAAUAGAAAGAUGGGCCAUCAUAUGAUAAAAUGCUUAUUGAAUUAUGGAGGGCAGGCCAGACAGGAAAAAUGAAAAGGCUCAAGGUCAGGAUGUAUGGACAAUGAGGUCUGUAUAUAGUGACCUCAAGCAAAAUUUUGUCAUGUCUGGCCCUCCCACUUGGUCAAUAAGUAUGCAAUUUGACCAUUAGUAUCACCAACAUGAUACACAUAGAGAACAAAAUAUCAGUACUUCCAGAGCUGUGAAUAGAAGUUACUAUGCUUGAAAUGUGUAAGAGGUUUAUUUAUUGUGAUUGAAGAAUUUAUUUUUUAUUUUUUUCCAAAAAUUUUGUAACUCCAUGUGUCUAAGGGGUAAA